UGAACACCAAACAUGUUUGGGACGUUUCAGAAGUUACUCUCCGCCACAUGUUCUAACAUCAGUCGGUCAUUACUCCAACGAAUCGCGUAAAUAAGAAAAGGAAUUUACUUAGAAAGGAUUCGAACUCUCGACCACACAGUCGCUCCGUCGGUCGUCUCCCUGAAGAUGACGCGGCGAACACUUUAUAUCUCCUUCUGUUUCUUCCUCUGCUGGAAAGCGGCUGCGUUUGAUCCGGCCGCUGGACCAUACGGGUACCUCACGGACAAAGAUGGCCGGAAAAUCCGGUGUAGAACUUCCAGAUCCUGUCCGGAAAGAUCCGUCUGCUAUCAGAGGACCUGCGCUCUAGCAUUUAAUCCUUGUGAAAGAAAGACUCCAUUCCUAACGAAGGCUAAUACACUGGUUACGUGUUCGAAUGACACACCCUGUCCACGUGGAUACAAAUGUACCACCGUGGAGGGAUUAUCGCUAACCGUCUGUUGCUCACAUACUUCUCGUGCAGAAUCUCGGACGAGGCCAAGAAAUCCGAGAAAUGACUGUCCACCACGACCCGUCUGUAAGAAACCUCACAGCUACUGCAAGGUGUCCUACACAUUCACCACAGUCGGCGGGAAACAAUGCCCGGUACAUUGUAAGUAUAGGUGCUCCUACCCUGCUGUUCCAACGUGUCCGGCUCCAAAGGGUAAAUAUGGACACCUGUGUCACCAGCGAUACGUGUACGCCACCAUUGACAGCAAUCGUCGUCCGAUCAAAUGUUUGCUAAAUUGCUUCUGUCCUCCUCUGCCAAAGUGUGCAACUCCUCCAAAGACCAAAGGUUUUGGCCAACUCUGUUUCGAGCAAUACCAGUAUAAGGAAAUCAAUGGUAAAAACUGUCCCGUCAAAUGUAAAACUGUAUGUUCUUGUCCCCCAAAACCGCCAUGUGUGGGGAAGCAUAAGGGCAGAGACUGUCAGCGGGUUUACGAAUUUCUGAAGAUCAACGGUAAGACAUGUCCAGUGAAGUGUACACGAAAAUGCUUCUGUCCCCCUCCCCCUCGCUGCCCACCUAUUCCACACGACGGAGAAGUUCGAUUCUGUCAACCCGUGUAUGAAUAUCAGAAAAGAUUUGGUAAACUGUGUCCUGUUCAGUGCAGCAUUCAAUGCGGAUGUCCACCUGCUCCAAAAUGUCCAAAGCCGCCGAAAGGUCAAGAAAAUCUGUGCUCGCCUGUUUACGCUUACAAACGUGUAGGUUCUUACAGAUGUCCAGUCAGAUGUAAACUGGAUUGCAGGUGUCCUCCAUUUCCAAAGUGCCCGCCUCAAAAACCUGAUGAGGCCAAGCUCUGUAAACCUUUGUAUACGUAUAAAGAUUACCAAGGUAGGAGCUGUGCAGUGAAAUGUCAGUUGGUGUGUAGAUGCCCAAGUGUUCCAGUUUGUAAACCAGUAACGGGUAGAUAUGCUAGUCUGUGCAAACCCCAAUACUCGUACAAAAUGAUUCAAGGCAACAAGUGCCCAAUAAAGUGCGAUAAUAAAUGCGAAUGUCCACCAAUCCCAAAAUGCCCAUCUUUGUCACACUUGGGCAAACACAAGGACCUUUGUCAAAAAAUAUUUGUAAAUGCGAAGAUAAAUGGAAUUUUGUGUCCAAUAAAGUGUACAUUUCGCUGUCAAUGUCCUCCACUACCAAAAUGUCCUCCACUUCAGAAGCCCAAAUACGGGACCUGCACUUCUGUUUAUGCAUACAAGGAAAUAAACGGGAUUGUUUGUGCUGUCAACUGUACGAGUAGUUGCCACUGUAAUCCUUUACCAAAAUGUCCACCGAUAAACAACAACGCCACCCAUCUGUGCAGAACAAGGUACAUCUUUUCAAAACCGGAUCGUGGUCUGGCUUGUCCCAUCAAAUGUGUGGUAGAGUGCAGGUGCCCGCCCAUUCCUCGAUGUCCCCCGCUACCGGAGAAUAAAAACCAUACCAAUCUAUGUAAGCACGUCGUCGAAUACAAAACGAUCAACAAAAAGCAAUGCGCCGUGAGUUGUCAUGUGGAUUGCAACUGUCCUCCUUUGCCAACACUUCCAAAAGUUAUUCCUAAAAAUUGUCAUGUAAUUUAUAUAUACGAAAACAUAAACCGACUUCUUUGUGCCGUUAAGUAUAAACUGAAAUGUUUAUGUCCAAAACCACCCACAUGUCCCAAAAUAAAGCAAGAUCCAAAAUACGGCAACCUUUGUGUCAACCAGUUUACAUACAAAAUGAUUGGUAAAAGGAAAUGCCCUAUGAAAUGCUCCACCAUUUGUAAUUGUCCUCCGGUCCCCAAAUGCCCGACACAUGGACAAGGAUUGUGCCAGCCUGUUUACAAAUAUGAAAAGAUCAACGGCCUUACAUGCGCAGUUGGCUGCAAUGUCACGUGCCGCUGUCCACCGGUUCCAAAAUGUCCGCCGAUCCCUAGUAACAGCACGGCCGCCAAGCAUUGUUUUCCUACGUACGCUUACGAGAAAGUAUAUGGUAACCCCUGCCCGGUUCGAUGUAAUGUGGAUUGUUUCUGUCCCCCGGCUCCAGCAUGUCCAAAAAUAUUGGAGCAAUCCAACUCUACUUGUACUCCAAAAUUCACCUAUGAGAAUAUCAACGGGGUUCCCUGCCCCGUGAAGUGUGAAGCCGACUGCGAGUGUCCAAAGUUUCCCGUCUGUCCUUCGCUUGAUAAGUAUAAAGGUUUAGAAGACUUCUGUCGUUUUACCUUUACUUACAAGAAGAUAAACAACAAGCAAUGUGCAGUGAAAUGCGCCGUGGAAUGUUCCUGUCCACCUCUUCCAGAAUGUCCAAGAAUUGAUAAGCCGAGUACAGCCUUGUGUAAACACGUGUAUAGAUACAAAGCUAUUGGGGGUAGGAGGUGUGCUUACAGAUGUGACAGAGUUUGUCACUGUCCCCCAGCACCAAAGUGUCCACCCUUGAAAACUCACCCUAAGUACAAAGACAUAUGUAGCUACGACUACCAUUAUACCUAUAUACACGGUAUAAGAUGUCCAACCAAGUGUAACAUUGGCUGUUUUUGUCCUACUUUACCGAAAUGCCCCGAUCUUCCCAAAACGUCUGGCUUUGAAAACCUUUGUCGCCAUGACUUUGUCUAUAAUAAUCUAAACGGUCGCAUCUGUCCUGUAAACUGCACCGUCAAGUGCAACUGCCCCCGGCUUCCGGUGUGUCCGGAUAUCCCUGUGUACAAGGAAUAUCCGGGAGUUUGUCAGAAGGUUCUCCAAUACAAGACCAUCAAUGGGCUUCACUGUGCUUUCUCCUGCAAAAUCAAGUGCAAGUGUCCACCUAAACCAAAGUGUAAACCUCAAGGUCAUGGUCACGUGACUUACAGAUACGAAGAGUUUCACGGCCAGAGAUGCCCUGUGAAGUGUAACUACGAGUACAAUCCACAUCCUUCCCGUCCUGGCCUCCCCCCACGGCUUAAAGUGGUGCCCCAUAUCAUCACCCAUGGCCGACGAUUUGAGGGCAUGUCCUAUCCAGGAUUUAGGUCAAGUCCUGAAUUUGAAGACGAAGACGGUGGCCACGAUGCUCAUGGACAGUCCGAAGAUGAACGAGAAUCUGACAACGAUCUGACAGAGGACAGUGGUUAUCCCGAGUAUUAAUCAGUUUUCUGUACGAUAUACUAAUGUCAAUAAAUCGUAAUUCUCCUCUU